CCACCUGCCGGGAACACGGCCCGGGCCCGCCGGGGACGCGCUCCCGCCGCCUGCGCUUGUCCUUGGCACACCGGGGUCGCUUCACCGCGUCCCCCAGUCCCGCAGCUGCACCGGACCGGUGCGCGAACCGCCGGGGUCGUGCGGUCACGGGAGGUGCCCGAGCCGUGCCUCAGUUUCCCUCGGUCUCGUCCUCCUGAGCCGUAUUUCCCACGCUGCCACCCGCCCACGGCGGUGCUGGCGCCUCCGUGCGCGUCCCCGCUGCCCCCGGUCCCCUCUCGCUGUCCCCGCUGAGCGCCCCCCGUGUCCCCCGGCCCGGUGCCCGAGCACGGCCGCGCUCCCGCUCGGAGUCCUCCGGGCCAGCAGGCGGCGCUGGCUUCGCCCUCUCGUUGCUCCGCAGCAAGGCCUUAUGGGAAAUGUAGUCCCGGAGCGCCCCGCGCGUCCAGCUCCGGUAAACGGGGACUGCAUUACCCAGAAGGCUCCGCGGCCGUGUGGGCGGAGCCUCGGGGUGUGGGCGGGGCGGGAGCGGCUUCCCCAAACCGGGACCGGGACCGGGACCGGGACCGGGACCGGGACCGGGACCGAGCUGGAAUGGGGCCGGGGGCCACCAAACCGGGCUGGGACCCGAGUGGGGCGGGCUGGGGGUCACCAAACCGGCCCCGACCUGGGCUGGGGGCAACCGAACCGGGACCGGACCGAGUGGGGGCAGCCGAAACCGAGCUGGAGCGGCGUCAGGGGCUACCGGACUGGGUCUGGAAGCCACCAGACCGGGACCGGACUGGGCUGGGGCCAGGCGGGGUUAACCGGGACUGAGCUGGACCGGGGCCCCGGGCGACCGGACCAGGCUUGGGAGCCGGGACCGGACCCGUUUUGGGGUGACCGGAUCGGCGGCUGUCGGGGUUCUCCACGCUUGGGUCCUGCCGGUGUCCGGUGGUGCCCGCGGCUCGGUCCCGUCCCGGUUUCUGCGGGGGUCUCCCCGCGGAUCCCCAAAGCCCAGCGAGGAGGAGGAGGGGGAGGAGGAAGAUGCUGAUUCAGGACCUGGAGUGGCGGCGGGACGGGGGAGACCCCCCGGGGGUGACGGGGGUCUGAGGGGUUCCCUGGGGACAGAGGGGAACGGGGGGCGGUGUCUGUGGGGGUCCUGCUGGGUUUGGGGGCAUAAAGGGACCGGGCAGGGAUGGAGCGGGAGCGGAGACCCCGGUGGGGACACCGGAGAGCCUGGAAGGGCUGUGGGACAGCAGAGCUGCAGCCCCCGGUGUCCCCCUGUCUGUCCCCGUCUGUCCCCCUGUCUGUCCCCGUCUGUCCCCCUGUCUGUCCCCCCCUUCCCGAUAACGCCGUUUGUCCCCCUCUCGUGCCCGCCCGGUCUGUGCCGUGUCCGGUGGCCGCUCCGGGCUGGGGAUUAGGGUUAACACCGGCCCGAUCCCGGUGUUUGCUCAGGGAAUUGGCAGCGGCUGCGGCCUGCGGGGGUCACCCGGGGGUCCCCGCUGCUGACGUCCGUCCCCGGCCCUGGCUGGUGGCCCCGGUGUCCCCAGGGGCGCUGUGUCCCCCCUCAGCCCGGUGACGGUGCCGGGUUUUGGGCGCCCCGUCUGCGUCACCGGCUGUUUGCGGGGGUAUAAAGCGGAGCCCGGCACAUCCCGGAGCAUCCAGGGGCGCAGCCGGCACCGGGAACAUGGAAAACGCUCGGCUCUGCCUGCUCUGCCUGCUGGGCUCCGGCCUCAUCCUGCUCGGCACCCCCGAACCGGUACCGGAGCUCCGGCCCGCCCUGAGCCCGCCCGGGCACAGCCGGGAGGAGACGGAGCUGGUGGAGGUGCUGCAGGAGGUGCUGGACAAGCUGCGGACGCGGGAGCCGCCGGCGCUGGAGAAGAGGCUGAGCUGGGUGCCCUGGUGCGAGCCCCGGGAGCCGUGCGCGGUGCGGCGGGGGGCGCGCAUCGGGAAACUCUGCAGCUGCCCCCGCGGAACCUCCUGCAACCUCUUCAUCCUCAAGUGCUCCUGAGGCUCCGGGGACACCGGGGGACACCGGGGGACACCAGCUGCCACCCGCCUGCGCCCCGGGCACGGGAGGGAGGGGGAGCCGCGGGCCCCCAGCCCGCUCCCCGCACCGGGAUGGACCCGCAGCAGCGCCGGUGCCCCGGGCCGGGGGCUGGCGGUGUCCAGGGACGCAUUAAACCAUUGGAUCCGCG